AUGAGUACAAUCGAGUUGAUCGACUCGAUUGAAAAUAAACAUUCAGUGACUUUACCUGGCAUUGAAAAUGACUUUGAAGUCAUUGAUUGUGUCGAAGUUGAACACGAGGAUCAGUUGGAUAUUCCGGGUAUUUGUUGUCUAUGAUAAUAUGAUUAUAUAACGGUUUAGAAUGGUUCAGCAGGUUUUCACGAAAAAUGUAUUUAUUUAUGUUUUGACAUGCCAAAAUAUUAAUAUCUUACUUCAAGAUAAAAAAAAACAAAAAGUUGGGGAUUUUUUAAUAUUUUUAAACUUAUAUUAUGUAACUAAUUUAUAAUGUUUUAGAAGGAUUUGUUGACGUAGCCAAUCAACGUAUAAAAGUCAGAGAUCUCAGUCAUAUCUUGGUGUCUAGAUUUGCAUUUAUAUCUGGCUUACGGACAUCAGAUGGCAACCCUAUAUUGACGUUUCCGGAUUCAAGAUCGCAAUUGACUUUCGAAGAGUAUCAGAUUCUGUUGGCUUAUCUUUUUCAAGUUCCACCGUAAGUUUAAAAAUACUGUAUUUUGAUAACGUAUUGGGCAAGAUUCUCUUACUGUCAGUAAUUUUUUGUGUUGGUUAGGAUUAAUACGUUGGGUUUAGUAGGCUUAUAAUUAGGUUUAGUAGGUUCAGGCUUAGUAUACUAACUCUUACUAGGCCUACCUUUUGUAGGCUUGCAUUUAGUAGUCUUAGGUUUGUUAAGCUUAGAAUUAGUAGGCUUAGUAUAUUCAGUUUUUGUACAAUUUGGUACCGAUCUCAACACUCGCAGUAAUUUGUUGGGUCGUUUUACAUCGAGGCAAAUAUUGCAAAAGUAAACAAUAUUACAUAAGAAAAAGUUGCGUAAUACGACUUUUCUCAAUUUACCUAAAGCUAUGUUUUUACAUAAUUAUGUUGUAUAAUAUAAGCGUAACAAAAUACGGAAAAUAAGCAAAAUCUUAAAUAAAAGCAAAAUUUAAAAUAUUAUUUUAGGCUAGACGAGGAUGGUGCUAAAAAGGACAAAAAAGGAUAUGUAUUGAUCAUCGACCGGCGAACGGACAAAUGGUCGGCAGUUCGAGUUUUGUUCUCAUACCUAAUGGUCAGUUUUUAA